AUGAACCUCGAUGAGGCCUACUGCCCGCCGCCGAGUCGUCACCACCGGCGACACCGCGAGCGGAAGUUGGAUGCAGAAUUAUGUGAGGAUCAGGAGAGCGGCGGCGCCUCGAGCCCUCAAAGUGGAGCGUCGCCUGUGGAUGCCACCGGAGAGACCCUCUCGCUUUCGUCGACCUUCGAUGGAUAUAGAGGCUUUUCAACGCCAUCGAUCAUGCUGACGCAGAGUGGACACCUGCACAACAUAGCAGGCGGCGCGAGUUCAUUCCUCUCCGUUGCCGGCAACCCCGGUUACUUCGCCCAGCCCCAGAAUGCCACAUUCACCCCCCAACCAAACACAGGCUGCGCAACGAUGGCCGUGCAGAGUUCCCCUUCGCCUGUCUUCCUUCCCGGCGAUUGUCAGUCUGCGGUGUUCGUCCAGCAGGCGUCUCCCACGCAACAGUUUGUGGUUCGGCCAGGACAGCCGCAAGUCGCACUUCAGCCGACUCUCCACCAGGGCUGUGUCCAGGCGACCGGCCUCCAGCAAGGCGUCCAACCCGCGGGGUUGACACAGCCGCCGAUGAGCCUCCAGUCAGGGAUGCGACUGAUUCCCGCAAACAUCCCACAGACCGCUGUGCAAUCGCCGUGUCAGACUCCCUUCGUGUUUCAGCCACAGCUUCACCAGGCGCCCGUCCAGGUUCACUCCCCGCCUGUGACGCUGGCCCCUGGCACCCCACAAAUUACAGCUGCUGCCCCGGUUUGCUCCUCGUGUCUUCGCCCGGCCGAGCCAGCAGUAUCUCUACCACACGGUUCGUGCCAUCGGCCCUCCGCCUCCGAGCCUCAAAUGUUAAUUCUCCAGUCCCCCGCAGUUUCUUACCCACCAGGCGCCUCGGCGCUGUACGGCGGUUCCGGCGCUGCGGCGACCGUUCCUCUUGCUCAGACUGGAGCCAUGCCGACAGCUUUUCCGCAGCUGCAGCCCCAAGUUCUUUGGCCUGCUCUACGCCAGGGCCAGCCUGUCUCUUGUUGCUACCCCGUUGGCGGUUCUGCCACAGCGGCCAUGACUGUGGUCGGGUCACCUAAAGUAGCGAUUCAGGGGGGAUCCCCUGGAAUGAUGGUGUCGUCUGGGGGCCACGUGAAUUUGCAGCUGCCUCAAGGAGUGGUGCUCGCCGUGCCUGGGAUGGGAUCGACGCCGGUCGCUGAAGCAGCUUCAGGACAGCCUGUGCUGGUCUUAGGAGGAGGCUCUGUCCUCAGGGAUGCCUCUGGACUUGGCUACCCGACAGCGUUGAGUGCGGUGCCGCCGUCCAUUGCAGCCCUCCAGGCCGGACACGUCUUCAGCCGAAGUGGAAAGAAGGGAUCUGCGGGGGAGGGCGAAGACGGGAGAAAAGACCGGCAACAAACGGGAACCCUGUGGUGUGGACCAAGUGGCAGAUGA